AUGCCUUUUGGAGAGGCUCUCCAACAAAUACCACUAUAUGCUAAGUUUCUAAAAGACACGCUAACUAGGAAGAACAGGUAUAUCCACAGUGACAUUAUAGUUGUGGAAGGAAAUUGCAGUGUUGUUAUUCAACAUAUCCUACCACGGAAGCAUUCAGAUCCAGGAAGUGUCACAAUACCAUGUUCAAUACCAUGUUCUAUUAGUGAGGUUGCAGUAGACAAGACUCUCAUUGAUUUGGGAGCCAACAUUAAUUUGAUGCCGCUCUCCAUGUGUCGGAGACUUGGAGAGCUGGAGAUAAUGUCUACUCGGAUGACCUUACAGUUAGCUGAUCACUUCAUCACCAGACCCUAUGGAGUGAUUGAAGACGUGCUAGUCCGGGUAAAGCAUCUCAUCAUUCCUGCUAAUUUUGGUGUAGUUGACAUUGAGGAAGAUGCAAAUAUUCCUGUCAUUUUGGGAUGUCCAUUUAUGUCUACUGCAAGUUGUGUGGUGGAUAUGGGGAAGAAAAAGUUGGAAAUGAGUCUUGAAAACCAAAAAAUCAGCUUUGAUUUAUUUAAUGAAGGAAGAGAAUUAUUGGACCAGGAUGUAUGCUUACAGGUGAAGGAGUUGGAUAAGAAGAUGGCUUCCCGAAAGAGAAAGGCACCUGCCUCAACAUCCCAGGCUUGCUAUGACCGCUUUAGAUUCACAUCUCAGGAGGCCUGGGAUUGCUACUCUGAUAUAGUGAUUGGCAGGAAGAUCCUGCUAGAGAGAAAUGUCAUGAUUUACCAUGCAGAAUUUGAUGAAUUCAAGUAUGAGCUAGAGAGAAAGAAUUGGCACAAGGAGCUGACCAAUUUCAUGGAUGGGAGCAUCGAUGUUGCCAUUGUUAAGGAUUUCUACGCUUACCUUUAUGAUCCCGAGGAUAAAUCACCUAAGCAAGUGAGAGGCCACUUAAUUAAGUUUGAUGAAGACACUCUCAACACCUUCCUGAAGACACCGAUGUUGGACCUUAAUGAGCAUGCAGAGGAUCAUUCAUAG